AUGCCAAAAGCAGUGGCACCGCCUCGUCGAGGCCGAUUUACCCCAUUCGCUCGAACCCCGCGAACCCCAGCCAUCGCUAUUGAAGAUACUAUGCUCCCAUCUUUUGAAAAUUUUCCAGCUUAUCUGAUAGAGGUAGAUCUUACCAAUGGUUCGAUCUAUGGAUCUCAAAGUUCAAGUUCACCGAGUUCAACAGCGACACAGUCGCGCGCUGCUGUGGCACACUUGUUCAUCAAUAACAAAACAGUCAUGUCCAAAUCUAAAGAUUGGACUAGCAUACUUGACCCAGGGAUGAAAAAUAAUUCUACUGUCAUCGUCAUUUUAGUAACCUCCCUCAAGGUCACGCAAGCUCUUCUUUGCAGGGUACCCUGCUCCACCCACCAAGAAGUCCAGAGUGCGGUAAAUUCUGCGAAUGCCGCCCAAGAAGAUUGGGAGGGUAUUGGAUUUCAAGCGCGUCGAGAGUAUUUAUUGAAGCUAAUAGAUAUCUUACGAGAGAUGUCUCCACUCAUUAUAGCCAGCCUUUGCCGUGAAGUGGGCAAAACAAUAGAAGAUGCAGAAUCCGAAGUCCACAGAGGCUUGGACUGCAUUCACGCAGCUUGCUCCAUUGGCCCUGAGAUGGCGGGUAUGUUUCUUGGGAACGACCCUACGAUGCUACAGACAUUCUAUGAGCCCGUGGGAGUCUGUGCUACGAUUACUCCCUUCAGUUUCCCUUUUAUGACUCCAUUAUGGUCUAUCCCCUAUGCUCUCAUCACAGGAAACACAGUCGUUCUCAAACCAUCCGAAAGAGCGGUGUCGGUACCGGCUCUAAUUUCCGAAGCUGUCAUCAAGGCCGAGUUUCCCCCGGGAGUGUUCAAUAUAGUACACGGAGGUUAUUCGGUAUCCCAAAUGCUAAUAUUACAGCCACUGGUGAGAGCUAUCAGUUUCGUCGGAUCCGAAUCAGCUGCUAGACAAGUUCAUGACCUUGCCCGAAAAGCAGGCAAACGGAUCCAAGCAGAGUGUGGAGGCAAAAACCACGGGGUUAUUUUAGAAGAUGCUGAAAUGAUGCCAACGCUCUUCGCUAUCGCAGGCAGUGCAUUUGGAGCUGCAGGGCAACGGUGCAUGUCCCUCAGUGUUGCGAUAUUUGUUGGGAACACUGCGCGGUGGAUACCGAAGCUUGUGGAUGUUGCCAAGUCUAUGACGGUCGGAAAUGGUAGUGAUGAAGACACCAAGAUUGGACCCUUGAUAGACAAGGACGCAAAGUCCAAGAUAACUGGCAUUAUCGAGCGAUCGAUCGAAGAGGGCGCGGUUCUAUUGUGUGAUGGAAGGGAUGUAUUCGUUCCAAACUAUCCCAAUGGCAAUUUUCUUGGUCCAACUAUUUUGUCUGGUGUGGAAACGUAUAUGGAAUGCUAUCAGACUGAGAUAUUUGGCCCGGUGCUCAUAUGUGUGCAAGUUGAUACGUUGGACGAAGCGAUUGAAUGGGAAUGGAUGUUCGAUAUUUACUACGAGUGGCAAGCAUGCAAAAACAUUUCAACGUCAAGUCAAUGUGGGACAAAUUGGCAUUAA